GGCCGAGCUCCUGAGUUGAGAAUGGACAAGUGGCAGAGGUGCAGACGAGGCUAAAUUGGUGGCGGUUCGUUCCUUGUGAAAAAUGGCUUCCUCCGACUUUGUGACGGAGGUGGAGGUCCAGCCAGAGAUACAGGAGGUUGAGAUCGAAGCUAUACCGGUAGACGUGCCAGUGGAAACGAUAGAGACUUAUGACGGACAGCCGAUAAUAGCGCUCCAACAGUUGCCCGAACCAGGACGUGAGGAAAUUAUAUUCCAAACCCAGGAAGAAGUUGUUGGUGAACAGGAAAUCCCCUAUGAAAUCCCCGUGCCCGUGGAACAUGAUGUGUGUGUCGAGUCCUCGCCAGGUCCCUCGAAGAAGAACCAGAGAAAAGGACAGAAGAGGAGACGAGAUAUGGACGAGUUCACCUCGGUCUCCGUCGGACAUAAAUGGGAACAGAAACAAGUCCAGAUCAAGACCCUCGAGGGAGAAUUUUCCGUGACGAUGUGGUCUUCGGGCGUAGACGAAGAUGACCUCAGUAACCCAGAACCAGAUCCAGAUUACACAGAGUACAUGGCAGGCUCGAAUAAGAAGCUAGCGGGUAUACCUGGCGUUGACCUCUCAGACCCCAAACAACUUGCCGAAUUUGCGAAGAUAAAGCCAAAGAAAUCUAGUAGCGAUGACAUUGCAAGAACUAUUGCCUGUCCGCAUAAGGGUUGCAACAAAAUGUUCCGUGAUAAUUCAGCAAUGCGUAAACAUCUACAUACACAUGGUCCAAGAGUACAUGUAUGUGCGGAGUGUGGGAGCUUUGUGGAAUCUUCUAAACUUAAAAGACAUCAGCUGGUGCACACAGGAGAGAAACCGUUUCAGUGUACUUUUGAGGGAUGCGGCAAGAGAUUCUCUCUGGAUUUCAAUCUACGAACACAUGUACGGAUUCAUACGGGAGAUAGGCCGUAUGUUUGUCCAUUUGAUGGCUGUAAUAAGAAAUUUGCUCAGAGUACUAAUCUCAAGUCACACAUCCUCACCCAUGCCAAAGCAAAAAAUAAUAUGCGAGGAGCACCAAGAAACACCCAGUAUGAAACAGAUUACAACUCGACGCAACAGUAUGUUCAGGUGGAGAUGCCGUCGCCAGAUGACCAACAGUUUGUUAUCUAUUCAAGCUAAAUAUUAUCCAAGUUUUAGUGGUAUUGACUAGAGACAAAAUGUUUGGUGUUACACCAGUGUAUUUUUUAUGCCAAUAACAUUUCCUGGAGUUGCCGGUGGUUGCAGACUAGAAAACAUACCAUACCUAUUUAGGUGUACAUUUUGAACAUGUGGAAAGAGAUGUUAUAUUUAAGAAGUGCUUUAUGAUGAGAUGUGUAUGAUAUACGUAAUUGGAGACAACUCAUUCUUCACAAUGAGAGUGAUUUAAUAAAGAAUUAACCAAGA